GGGCCGCUGCCGAGGGAGAAGCUGGACCAAGAUGGCCGCCCUGACGUUGGGCCGGACCCCGGAGUGAGCGUAGGAGCAGCGGCAGCUGCGACUCCAGUCGCCGGCCUUGAAUUUGCUGCCAAAUCAAUGAAAGGCAGAAAGCCCCGUUAUGAUGGAUCUCUGGUUCAGCUGACCAGAAGAUUCAUGGAUCUUGUCAAAGCUGCUCCACACGGAGUCCUUGAUUUGAAUGAAGUAUCUCGUUUGCUAGGAGUACGGAAACGAAGAGUAUAUGAUAUUACCAAUGUAUUGGAUGGAAUACAUCUCGUUCAGAAAAGAUCCAAGAAUCAUAUCCAAUGGGUGGGUUCAGAUAUUAAGCAUAUUACUAAACGAACACCAGAGCAACAGAAGUUAAGAGAUGAACUCCGUGAUUUGACAACAGUGGAAGCAGCAAUGGAUGAAUUAAUCAAAGAUUGUGCUCAUCAGUUGUUUGACUUAACAGACGAUAAAGAAAAUGCAAAAUUAGCUUAUGUGAACUAUCAAGAUAUCCAUAACAUUCAGACAUUUCAAGAACAGAUUAUUAUUGCAAUUAAGGCUCCAGAAGGAACCAGAAUGGACAUACCCCCUCCUAAAGAAGACUGCAUAGAAGUACAUGUUAGAAGCACAAAAGGCCCCAUUGACGUUUACAUAUGUGAGGUGUCCUUGGAUAAUCCAGACAUUAAAGCUGAAAAUACAGAUCAACUUUCAUGCGAAAGACAAUAGGCUGAUUUGCUGGAGUGAAUCACACGAAGAAUGAAAGAAAAAAUGAAUGAUUUGAUUUCUAAGCUUCAGAUUCAAGGAUUUUCCAGGAUUUAAAUCACUAUGGGCGAAUGCAGGUGUUCCUUUUAAUUUUGUUUUUUAAAAAGAAUGAAAUCGUGGACACUUCACCCGAGAACCUGCUUCCUGUUUCAGACCUUUCCAAUGGCAUAAAAGAGAAGAAUCAAAUGAACAUCUUUCUUUUAAUCCUCUAUAUCAGAUUCAAGAUUUAUUUACCCUGGAAAAGUGACAGUUAGUUAAUACACAAAUGCAGACACACAUACUAAGGAAUACAGCUUAAGUAAGUCAGGCUUAAGUUUUACAAAAGUGGCUUAGGUUUGUCUUCCGAUGCAAGGUUCAUAAGUCCACAUAGUAACCGCCGUAAUUUAUUUCAUGUAAGUGGCUUCUUUUGCAGCUCAGUGAAUAAUAGCAUUUGGAUUACUUUUAUUGCUCUUUCAAAAGAUAGCUGUUUGGAACUGAAGAAAUGUAUUUACAGUUGCUGCACAACAGUUGCUCCAAAGUUGUUUUGAACAUGGAAUAAAAUGUAAAAAUCCAAAAGGGGAAAUGUUUUGUACAAGAAAACUAGACUACGUGAAAUAAGGUUUUAAAAAACAAGUCCGUAGAAAUUGAAAUUGCAUGGACCCAGCUUGUAUACAUCAUGUUUAAAUGGUCAUUAAAAGAGAAUUAGGGAGGCAGAACUGCACUCCUGAAUUUGUACAGCAAAUAAUAAAUGUGUAAAUAUGAAAAGAA